CUUUAUUUAUUAUCUCUGGAUGACAGUAGAGUCCAGACGAAGAACUGUCAGUUAUAAAACAUUUAUUGUACUAUAUAUCAUAUUUUAUUUCAUUGUUUUAUAGUUGUGUAUAGAUAUUUAAUUCGAAAUAUCUAGAAAUGUUUAUUUCAUUUUAUAUCACAUAGUUCAUAAUGAAGAGAAAAAGUUAAAAUAUCAAAAUAUCAAAAUGGCUAAGGAUUUGGAUAAAGAUUCUUUAUCGAGUGGCGACAAAAAUUCAAACGACAAACCACAAAAAACAUCUCGGAGUGUCAAAAUCAUAAAGCAUGCUAAAGCUAAUAAAAGGGCCAGCGACAGUGUUAAAAGUGAGAACAAAUUAGAGAAUUGUCUACAAGUUCUUAAAAUCAAUAAUCAGUUAGAACAAGCAGCAGCUAAAAAUAAUUUGACAGCAGCUAAUGUUCGCAAAAUAUUAAAACGUGUUGUGUCUAAUGAACAUGUUUUGGCUAUUGUGAAGUUAAAAGAGUCGGAGAAAGAUAAUGAAGAAUCUGAAGGAAAGAAUGCGAAUGACUUACUUAAUAUUACACCACUUACUCGUUCUAAAGUGAAAGAGCUUCAACAAAAGGAUUUGCCUGUUGCAUGGCCAAUACCAGUUGUCAGUCCCGUUCAACCUACUACUACGCCUGAAGUAGCCGCUCUCAUAAACGAGGAACUGCCAGAUGAUUCUUCUGACGAGGAAUAUAAACCGUAUGACGAUAAUGUAAGCGAUGAUGAAAAAGAAUCUGCUGCAACUGCUAGUGAUGUUGAAUCAACUUUGAAUGUGUCUGCAAAUACGUCACAAGAUGUUGAUGUAUCGGCUGCGGAUUGCGAUACUAAUUGCACUAAUAACAGUUUGUUCAAAGUUCCUCAGACUUCUUCUAUUGAUGAUGAAACUAUUGCAUUAAGAACUCGAUCUAAGUUAUGUUUGAGCAGCACACAUAUAGAGACUAUAGAGAAAGCAUUUAUUCCACCUGACAUUACCAGUGAUAUGUAUGAUUGUGAUGACGUCGAUGGAGUGUGGAAAGAUUUUUUACACGAAUUUACGGAGCCUUUACGUCAACAUCAAGAAGAUGAUGAAGAAACUGAUCCUGAAUAUAAUGCACAAGUGGAAGAUAUUCCAGUUGAUAAAGAGGAGUUAAGAGAAGAUCAAGAAGUUACUGUCUCAAGAAGGGAAUUGAGUGAUCUAGUUGCAGAGUUAUUGGAUAUGAAUUCAUUACCAGAUAUGAACUCCUUUUGCAACACAAUUGAAAAUCCAAUUCAAAAUGUUGAUGAAAACCAAUAUCUUACCAUGAAUGAAAAUGAAAUCAUUUCUUGUGAAACCCAAACAGAUGAGGCAUCUUUUCCAACUGAAGGUGGGGAAGCGGAUCAAAGUAUUCAAACAAUUACAAUUGAAGUUAUCGAUAAUCUUGAUUUGACAAAUUCUGUCAUGACAACAACACAACGUUUAAUACUUGCUCAGCAGCUAAGACAACAUGUGCAAUUAAGCACACAACAUUUUUUACAACUUUAUGGACAUCCUGAGUUGUGGGCUCUUGCUGACAUUUGCAAACAAAAUUUGCAUAAUCUUGCUGAUACUAAUUCUGGGGAAACCAUACUAUCAACGCACAAUUUAAAACCUGCAUUAGAGCUUUGUGAAUCUUGGCAAUCAAGACUUUCGAAGGACAAUGAAGAAACUAAAAAUAUAUUUAGAUUUAUAGAAAACGAGAUUAAUAAAUCGAGAGCAAAUAAGUUAAGUCACAAUAGAUACUACAGUAAGUUUCCUCCCGAAAUGAUGGAUGUCAUUUGUGAUAGUAAAGUAUUUAUUUACCCAGAAUUAUUGCCAAAAAUACCCUUUCGGUUAGAUUUGAGCAAUGGUGGUGUAAAGGAAUUCUUACUUUCUGAGCAACAGGUGGUAGCCAUCGAAUUACAUUUAUUUUAUAAAUACAUGCAAAAUAAUCCCCAACUAUAUAAAAAAGGACCAAGGCGAAAUUAUAGUUUGUUCAAUGCUGUACAACUUAUAGAAGAAUAUUUAAAGAAUGGUCGAAGUGCUAAAACAUUAUAUCGCCAAAUAAGAAACAGAUUAGUUAAAUCAAAGAAAGAUAACCCAAUCAAGUAUUAUUUUCGCCAUAAUAAACCACCUCCUACAGAACAUAUUUUACUUCCGUUUGAUCCAGAUUUAAUAGCAACUCCUCGGAAACAGCCAGUUGAUAAGUUACAUUAUAUUUGGAGGACUCAUAUCUUGAAACCUCCUGUAGAAGUAAAAAAGAAGAAAACUUCAUCUAGUUUUGUGCAACACCCUAUAAAAAUUACUCCACACAAAUUCAAUGAGUCAGAUAAUUUAUAUAAAGUUGAAGUAGGACAGUCAUUUUCUGAGGACGUAACAAUUAUUUCGGAUAAGUUAUCAGAAACUAUUAACAUUAUAGAUAAUAAUAAUUCAUUAUCAGUGUGUGAUGAAUCUGUGAAUCCUCCAUCUAAUAGCAUGCCGCUUCUAUUUGCAUCACCUGGUGCUAAGAAUUCAAACUCAAACUCAUCACCAGUCACACCACAAUCAACAAAAAAUGGAUUCUCAUCAAUGCCAAUGAUUACUUACAUCUCAACUCCAAUCAAUAAUUUAAUUUUUACAUCAUCUCAGCAAUCCAUGGAUCAUAUAUCAAAGAAUGAAGACAUCGCAAAAAAUAAUUUGGGCUUUCAUAUUAGAGAUCAGAUUUCUCCAAUUUUAAAGAAUGACGCAACGAAUAAUACAUUUUUGAAGAUAGUUAAUGUUGAAUCAUUACGAUGUGAAUGUGGAAAACCAUCCACAAAAAAGAUUUGUAGUAAACAAAAAUUGUUAACAGAUUAUUUCACACCAGUGCAAAAAGACUUAUCUAGUGAUAGUGAAAAUCAUAAAAGUAGCAGUUUUCAAGUAAUAUGUAAACUUAAAUUUUACAUUAAAAGUUACUUCAAGAGUCUUCUGAAUAAUAUAUACUUAGUAUAUAAUGUGAACCAUAGUAAAAAAUGUAUCAAGAGAGCAUUUGUUCAUAUACUCACAUUGGAUUACUUUUUUUCAAUAUACUUUCCAAAAAUGCUGCCAUUGGUAUCAAACUUCUUGAAUUUACAAGAUAUUAAAAGCUCUCCAUUUACGAGUUCAGAUGAAAUGAUUACCGAUACUAUUUUAGGUGAUCAUGAUAAAUCUAAUAAUUAUUUGGCUGAUGCAGAGAUUUGCCAUUUGAAAAAGAAGCCUGAACAACGGUCAUUUGUCAACCUACCCACAACAAAAUCAGAUGGGUCAAUUCUUCAUAAUUUUCCACUAAUUGAGAAUGUGUUGUCUCCAGAAUAUGAUACUGUAAAUGUUUAUUAUGAACAUGUAAAGAAUCAUUUAUGUACUAAAAAUCCUAAUGAUUUAAAUAGAUUUCACGAAAUUGUGAUGACGGUGAAUUCUAAUGAUAACCCUUCAGAAUUCUAUAAAAAAUUGGAGACAAUAUUUCUUCCUACUUAUCCACAUCUAUUGAAAGAAUUUCUUGUGCUACUUUUACCCAAUAAAGCAGAAAGAAUUUUAAAGUUUAUGGAGAUAUGUUUAAAUUCCAAUAUGGAUGAAUUUGUUGAAAUAACCACUAACUACUUGUCAGAACAUUCAACACAAUUUAAAAAAAUCUAUAUAGCUUUAUCUGAGUUAUCGGAUAUACCAGAUGUAUCACUAUGUGACGUAAUAUCUUCAGUAUUACCAUUAGUGAAAGAAAAUGCAGUAUUGAAAAAAUGGUUUUUACAGCUUUUUCCAUGCGAAAUGUUGGCAGAAAGUGAUAUAAUUGAUGAUCUACAUAUGAAUUUGAGUAAGAAUCCUGCUGAUGAUAAAUGUCAUGCUAUUACUCGAGAUAAAAAUGGAGCUGUUUAUGGUGGGAGUGAGUGCAUAUGCACUUGUCAUAUAUCUGAUGACGAAAACUAUAUGAAAAGGAAUGUGCAUUGUAUUCCUUGUGGUAUGAAGUAUAUUCAAGAUAGAAUUUGUCCAGAGUCUGUAAGAAUGUCAUGUUUACAAAAAAAAUCUCUUGUUGAGGAUAAAACAAUUAUAUCAUCUAAGAAACGAAGCUUUGCUAAAGAAAGCCAAAAUGAGACCCUGAAAGUUGAUAAUCAUAACAUGAAGACACCAAAAAAAAGAGUAAAACUUUAUGAUAGUUCAGUAACAAAGGUCAAAAAUAUAAUCACUAACAAUUGCAAAAUGACAUUAAAACAUCAUAAGGGCGCCCCAAGAAGAAAUAAAACAAAAUCGCAUGAAAAUGAUGGUCAGGAAUUAAAUGUUUAUCACAAUAUUAUUCAAGAAAAUUGUGAUUCUACUGAUGCUGUUUCUGAACUAUAUAGUUCUGAUAAUAAUCCAGAUACAACUUGGAGUAGUGUCAAUAAUUCGGAUGGUUUUGUUUGUUCAAGUACUGAAAUCAGUGAUAUCAGUGGUAGAACUUGUGAAAAACAUUGUUUAAUGAAUGCAGAUAUUGAUCUAGAGACUAUACAUAAAAAUAGUGAGAUUGCUAAAAUACCUAUUAAAAGAAAACACAAAACAAAAAAAACUUCUUUAGAAAAUAAAGAUAAUCAAAAUAACUCUAAAGAAAUUAACAUGGGUGCUAGUAUAAAUUGUGAUAUUAAAUUAGUUCAAAAAGACUCAAAUAAGUGGUCAAGAAAUGAGGAUAAAAUAAUAUUAGAAGCUUUACAGCAGCAGAUUGAUUGCGAACAAAUUCAUAAAUCAUUACCGUGUAGAACAUUAAAAGACAUUAAAAAACGAUCUCGAACUUUGCUGAACAUUUUGAAAAACUUAUCACAAUAGAGACCAAGAAAAUUCUGAUUGUCCAGAAAUUAUGUUCAUGCUUUUUUUUAAAAAAAAAAA